AUGAAUUCGUCUUAUCAGCCUAUGGAUUUGCGUAUCGCCAAACAUUCGGAUAACAUUAGUAAUGCCUAUGACGACAUUGAAAAUCAAUACGAGGAUGAUGUUUCCGAGGAGGAAGAAGAUGCCGAAGGAGAUCCUACAUUACUGAAUGAUUUUUCGAUCUUCGAAUGCUUCGAGAAAUACCGGAAUAUGAUCACGGAUGAUGAAGAGUUUUCUAACUCGGAGGAUGAGUAUGAUUUUCAACGGGAUCGCCGGAGCGAGAAACUGAAGUCCAAAAUUACCGCAGUAGAUGAUGAACAUUCCAUCUUGCACCUAGAUGAAAAAAAGAACGGGUGCAAUAAUACAACCCACCAUAUUUUAGAAAAGGAGCUACAUGAACCGAAGAAGAAGGAAAUGACGCUGAGGAAGAGGAACAAACUGUUGAGGAUGAAGGGAAUGUCAUACACUAGAUCAGAUGGUACCGUGGUCCCCGCACGUUCUACUAAAGAAGGAUGCCAUUGCAGACUAGAAUGCGCCAAAAAAUACUCCGAGGCUGUCCGAAAACAACUACUUCAGAAUGUCUUGGAUCUCAACUUGUCCGGACAAAACCAGUUUAUUGCUAACCAUAUGGUGGUUACCAAAACAGCUCGUCCAAAGCUACCAGAUCCGAACCAGUCCCCAAAUCCGGACCUCCCGGAUCCAGACCAGUGCCCAGAUCCGAACCAGUUCCCGGACCAGUACCCGGAUCUAGCCCAUCCACUUUUCCCCCUACCAAGUCCGGACCUGAACUAG